UGCUGGCACGUACCUUCAGCCUUUCCAGCCCUCCCCCGACGGUAUCGACAAUCUCAUGCCUCCCUCCAAGCCUUCGCAUGUCCUGUCGCCCGACGCAAACCGUUCCCCGCUCGUAAUCUCUCUGCAUUGUCUUCGAGCAACCCCAAGCAACAUGCGUUGAAGUCACCUUGUGGGGCGUCUAGUCUGUGAACCUAGCCUAUCGCGGAAGAAGAGCUAGUAGGGAUGGCAAGGAGGGCUCCCGAUUGUCGCGUCAAUGGGGGGAGUCUGCCUCGUCUUGCGUACUGUCGUCCCGUUGAUCUUUCCUCCCGAUGCUGGAAACCGUGGACAUGUCUUCCGCAGCGUCGUCAGAUGUGGGCGCGCAGAGCCAUGUCGGCUGGUGAACGUGGUCUAUCCAUGGUGUACAGCGCCAAGGGCCUCGAGAAAGCGUCCGCGUCAGCGUGUACCGUUACCCGCUAGUCCGUGGAUGAAGACGUCGCGCCACACGUCUCAGCCACAUCGCGUGUCGCGGCCGUCGUCUUCACACGACGCUCUAUACCUCGCUCAGUACUCAUUUGACGGCCUGGGUGACCUCAUAAUCGGAAUCUACGCAUCAAAUCCAGCUCAGGCAAGGUCUCAGAAAGGCCAUAUCAACGACGGAACGCGCGCAAGACCCCACGAGCGUCUGGACGGGUCGGAAGAACUCACACUAGCAGCAAUACCGGUGAACAGGUGCCACAGAUUGCACAUUGGGAGGCUAGGGAGAGGGUGCUGAGUGAGUACUAGACGCUGGUUCGCAAUAUGUUAUACCACAAUCCACCAAGUUGACCCACACUCUGCUCGCGAUAUCACCUUUUGUUGGCUCCCGC